AUGUCGGUCCCACCUGCUGCCACCGGAUCGGCCAGCGCAGGCGGCCUCGUGCCCGUUGCCAGCAUGGCCACCUACUUUGACACAUUCCGCCAGAAGCUCUACAUCCGCGGUAUCCUGGGCAAGAAGAACGACCGCUCCGCCGACGGGCGACCAUACGGAAUGCGCAAGUGGACAAGGUGGUACGUUGAGCUGCGCGGCCCCGUUCUGAUGUUUUGGAAUCUGCUCGACUCCCAGCUGUCUGCCUACCUCGAAGAUAUCACCGCCAUGGUCGACGGCCGCGUGCAGCCGGGGUCGCCCGAGUUCGAGCGCACAGUUGCCCACAUCAAAAACAUCGUGACAAAGCCCAACUUCAUCAACAUCACCGACGCUGCCUGCGCCGUCGUCGGCAAGCUCAAGAAGCGCGACAGCGUCUGGACCCUGCAUUCGUCGGGCGCCAACCGCUUCUUCAUGCAGUCUGUCGACGACCGCGCCAUGAACGACUGGGUCAGGGCCAUGCGUCUGGCCUGCUUCGAGGCCACAAAGCUCUACGAGUUCUACACUGCCGCCCUGGUCAACGAGCGCUAUCCUGCCAUCCUGGCCGACGCACGUCCGACCGAGUACCACGUGCAGGUGCGGUUCUCAGGCACCAACGAGUGGGUGCCGUGCCACAUGGUGCUCGAUGCAGGCAAGCAGCCGACCCAGAUUGCCUUCUUCUCCGAGGAGAGCCCGGCCCAGCUGGCGCUGAUGAAGGCGAUCCGAAGCGCCUACUCGGUGUUCCCCGACAGCAUCGACCUGGUCGACAACGCGGUCAUUGCCAAAUUCGAGGGCGACUGCGAGAUCGACCAGUCGCUGCUUCCCAAGCCCGACGAUGCCGAGAGCGACCGGAGCUCGCUGGCCAGUGCCGCCCGCGCCUGCGGAUCCUACGCCCUGGUGAUCUUCCAGAACCCAGGCGAGAUGGUGUCGGCGCUGGUCGAGACGGCCAGCCAGUACAAGCUGUAUGGCCAGCCCGUGGCCUUCAUGCCCGACGUCCUGCCGAGCCGCAGCGACCUGUAUCUGCUGUCUGACGACAUCGCCAGCAAGUCAGUCGAGAUCAUGGAGCCUGUGACUGCGCGCAGGAUGCUCGAGAAUCUGGCUACCGAGCGGUGUGCCAAGCCGAUGGUGCGCCAGGAGGUCCACCACCAGGCAGCUGAGUCUAGGUCAGCCUCCACUCUCGGCGCACCGCCUGCCCCGGCUGCUGAGGACACCGCUAUUAUUGCGCAGCAGCCGCAAUCGCCACCGCCUCAGACACGCAUGCCAUGGGACAGCGAUGGUGAUGACGACGACGACGACGUGCCUGUCAGCAACUAUGCCAACGGUAAGAACACACGCGCGCUCAGCGGCAGCACUGCGUACCAGGUGCAGCCAGCGCUGACAAAAAAUGUCGCCGAGGAGCACCUGCCGAAGCCUGCCGAGCCCCCCGCAGUCGCUGUUGAGGAGACGCCGCAGAAGAAGAAGCCCUUCAGCUUCCUGCACAAGAGCAGUAAGGACAGCAAAGACAGCAAAGACAGCAACGGCCGCAAGAGCGAGGCCGGAAAGUUCCUGAAGCGCCAGAGCAAAAAGUCAGAAGACAGCGCCGGGCAGUCGCCGAGCACUACCGAUGCGCGCCUGUCGAGCAUCUCGGGUGGGUCAAACACCAACACCACAGCCACCACCACGAGCGGCCCGGCACCAUCGAUCCCGACACCUGCGCUGGGCCUGGAGGGCAACCGGGCCUCGUUUGUUGACGAGGCUUCGGAGGCCAUCGUUAAUCUGAAGAUUGUCGAGUCGCCUCCACCUACGAACCACGCUGAAGGCGAACCAAUUGGACGGCAGCUCGUAGAGUCGGACAGCAGCGACUCGGACAGCGAUGCACCGCUGGGCAGCCGUCUGCCCGGGCAGCAGCUUCCUCAGCAGCAGCCGAUGAUGAUGGGGCAGACGAUGCCGGGGCAGCAGCCGAUGCAAUACGGAUCAAUCGGAUCCAGUGCCACUAUGCAGCGGGCCUCAACAGCCAUGCCAGCCUUUGGCGGUAUGCAGCAGCAGCAGCCAAUGAUGCCCGGCCAGACCAUGCUGCCUGGACAGGCCAUGAACGGAAUGCAGAUGAUGAUGGGGCAGGACCCGAUGCAGCAGCAGCAGAUGAUGAUGAUGCAGCAACAGCAGCAGAUGAUGGGCGGCGCCAUGCCUAUGGGCUUUGCCAAUGGCCAGCGGCCGAUGACAUACAUGGAUGCGAUGGCUGGCGGCGGCGUGUGGGGCGGACAGAUGCAGCAGCCGGGCAUGGUCGGUGGCGGUCUCUUGGACGGCGGUGGCGCUGGACCGCUGCUGACGGUCGAGAAGAAGGUCGAUCCGAUCGAGCGGCCCACAGGACUGGUUGGUGCGAUUGCCACGCGCGAGCAAAUGCGCUCGGAGCAGAAAUACCGCGACUCGUCGAGUCUGAUGAAGGAGCGCCAAAUGCGCCGUAACCAGGCCAUGGGCAUGAACACCAUGAUCGGCCCUAUGGGCCAGCAGCAGCCCGGAUCGCGCUUCGGCACGUUCCCGAGCAUGUACGGUGGCCAGCCCAACUGGGCCGACGACAACAUGUCGAUGAUGAGCGGCAUGUCGGGCCGUGCGCCAUACAUGAUGCAGGCGCCGUCCAUCUCAGCUGAGCAGAUUGGCGGUCCGUAUAUGCGCAAUACGUUCUACGGCGGCCAGCAGAUGGUGCCUCCGCACAUGAUGGGCGGCAACCAGGCAGGCAUGAUGAUGGGCGGCGGCCAUGACGAUGACGACGACGACGUGGCUCUAUCCAUCUACACCGGUGCUCCCGGAGCCAGGGCCUCGAUGGCCCAGCCCGAUGUGCAUCCGCUGCGCGCGGCGAUGCAGUCGGGCAUGUCUGCAUCGUCGCCACACCUGGCAACUCAGCUCGGCGGCGCCAGCCAGGCCCCUCCGCAGCAGCAGCAGUUCCAGCAGUUCCAGCAGUUCCAGCAAUUCCAGCAAUUCCAGCAGUUCCAGCAGCAGCAAACCCCGCCGUUUGCUGGCGACGCCCAGCAGCAGCAGCAGCAGCCAGCAGCGCCGCAGCUCGAGUGCCCGGCUUGGAAACUCGCUGUCAGCGACCAACAUGGCGCCGUUCCACAGCGCCAACUCGCGCCAGUCGCUGGCGUCGUCCCACUCCGGCUCGGGCGGCUCGUCCAGCGGGUCGUCGCCACUGUCAAUUCAGAACCGGAUGCAGGCGGGCACGAGCGGCCGCUGGGCGAAGGAGUCGUCGAAUCUGCGCAACCAGACCCGCAUCACCGAGUCACAGACCAUGCCGCGCGGGCGCUCCAGCGGAGCCGUGGCGGCCAGGCACCGGGCAGCACGUCGUCAGUCUACGAGCUGCCUGGCCGGUCAGCCAACGGACGCAAGGCUGAGCCGGCGGCGGCUGCGCAUCGCGGCCCAUCGGCCUACAACGGACAGCUUUACGGCGAUGACGACGAAGAGGACGAGGAAGAAUCGGACGCGGAGACCGACGAGACCGAUGAGGAUGACCUGGACAGCGCCACGGCCAGCAUCCCCAAGGACGUGCGCCAGUUCUUCGGCGUGUUUGUCGACAAGUGCCUGGACGUCAAGCCGUACGCAUGGCUGUCGUUCGAGACGGCGUUCCGGGCCUACAAGAACUUCUGCUCGCGCAACGGCAUGCGCGGCAAGUCGAUGGCCAAUUCCAGCCAGUUCCAGGACCUGAUGGGAGCAGCCGAGUGGCAGCUGCGCACCAAGGACAAUGGCGAGCGCGCCUACUACAACGUGUGCCUGGUGUGA